AUGUCGCAGUCAGCUUUUAUUAUUCUGCAAAAAGCAAUCAUUGGUGUAUCACCAAUGAUACACUCUGAACUGUUAAUGUCCAAAAUUGACAAACACAAGUAUUCAAAGAAUCUGGCUUUAAGAGUUAUGAAGAGUUAUCCAAAUGUUCAUUUUAAUUAUGCUUUGCAUCUGUCAAAUUUAACUGUGCCGCGUAUCAUUGAUGCUUCGCAGAGGGCAAAACUUUUCUGCAGCUAUGAGAUGGGCAACUGCACAUUGAACUCAGUCAAAUGGUAUAAAGAUGGACAAGAAUUCUUUAGAUAUUCGCCACUAACCCCGCCGACAACAAAUUGGUUUCCUGUCAAAGGUGUCACCAUUGCAGAUGGUUCGUCACAUUGCAAUCAAUUCCUGUGCAAUGUUGAACUCGAGAAAUUGAAUGUACACUCCUCAGGCUCAUAUCGUUGCGAAGUAUCCGGCGAUGCGCCCGAAUUUAAAUUGAUUGAUAAAACAGCAAAUAUAACAGUUGGCAGUAAGUUUCUGACAUAUGCAAGUAAAUUUAUAUUUAUGGACCUGCAUACACGUAUAUACAAGCAUACAUACACUGUGAGUGAAAGUAUGAGUAUCUGGGUUUGUGUUCCGUUGUUGUGA